AUGGAGACGAUGAAGCCCUCCGCGUCGCAUUCGCGCACGACCAUGAGCAGCAGCAGUGGUACCAGUACCCAUAUCAUCAUUAUCAUCUUAGCACCGUUACCACAAGCACUGGCAGGCAUUGGGGCGUGCGUAAUGGAGACGAUAAAGCCCUCCGCGUCGCACUCGCGCACGACCAUCGCCAUAUCACAUCGCCAUAUCACAUCGCCAUAUCACAUCGCCAUCACAUCGCCAUAUCACAUCGUCAUGGCAUCAUCAAAACCACCAGGACCAACAGCAGCACAUGGGUCACAGGCGGGCAAAGGCACGUACGUGAUGGAGACGAUGAAGCCCUCCGCGUCGCACUCGCGCACCACCUGGGUGUUAUACGUGUCCGCGCAGUCCCCGCCGUUGACGAUGUCGAUUUCCCACACCUUGGACAGCUCCUUGAGAGGCGGCACUGCGGGGAAGUGGAAGGGGGAAAGGGCGGACUCGUGA